AUGCCUAUACACCUGAAGGUCUUCAGCUCUCCGCAGCUGCUGCAACGGUUGGGGAGAAGGAGCGGGAAGCAGGGGGGCCCCCAGCCUGCUGCCGGAUGUUCAGAAGAAGCAACUGCAGCAGCGGCAGCAGAAGCUGCUGCUGCUGCUGCAGCUGAUGAGGGUUUGGGAGCCCCAGGGGGCUCACCUCAACCCCAAACCCAAGCCCAGGAAGCCUCUCCCCCCCUACUGCUUCUGCCGCAGCGCAGCGGCGGACCUGCUGCCGCUGCUGCUGCUGCUGCUGCCGCAGCAAGCCCACCGCUGCGCUGUGAUGCAGCUUCGUGGCUGCCCCCCUUGCAGGCUGCUGCUGCUGCUGCUGCUGAGGGCUUCCCGACCCCAGCGGGCUCCCCUGAGGCCAACGGAGGGCGAGACAGCAGUGCUGCUGCUGCUGCUGCUGCUGCUGAUGCUGCUUACGUGCACGGGCAGCUGCAGCAUGGGCUGCUUGGAGCCCCACAGGGGACUCGCAGGAGCUCCCAAAGAGCUGCUGCAGCGGCGCCCAGCAGCAGCAGCAGCAGCAGGCGGCAUAAGAAAGUCUUGAGCCUCACGGGGAGAAGGCAUGAGGCAGCAGCAACAGCAGCAGCAACAGCCCAGGAUACAGCAACGGACGCUGCAGCAGCAAGCAGCGGACCAAUGGAUGCAGCCGCAGCAUCGCCAAAGGCAGAAGCAACAGCUGCAGCAGCAGCUGCAGCAGCAGCUGCAUCAGCAGGAUCAGAGGCGCAGCAACAGCACAAGCACAAGAAUAUAUUUUCUUUGAGGUCUUCAGAGCCGGUGCACCACCAAGCUGCUGCUAGAACUGCAGCAGACACACCCGCAUCGCCCGAUACUGAUGCUGCUGCUGCUGAAGUUGCUGCUGCUGCUGAUUCUGAUGCUGCUACUGCUCCUGUAGCCUCUAAACCCAAACGGCACGGCUUCUUCAAGGCCUUCCUUCCCUCCCGCAGAACUCAGCAGCAGCAGCAGCAAGAGCAGCAGCAUCAGCAGGAAGAGGGGGCUGCAGCAGACCAGCAGCAACUCCUUACAGAGAGCCAAGCAGCAGAUGCUGCCGCUUCUCCGUCUGCUGCUGGCUCCCCCAGAAGAGAAGAAGCAGCAGCAGCACGCACUCAGGUACUGUUCCUCCUAUCAGCAGCAGCAGCAGCUGCUGCUGCUGCUGCACCAGUACCAGCUGCAGCAGCUGCAGUAGCAGCAAAAAAGGUAGCAACAGCAACAGUUGCAGCAGCAGCAGAAUAUCUGCUUGUUCUACGUCUCUGUGUGCUGCAGCAACAGACACAAGACCUUCUGCCGGAGUCUCCACCAGCUGUAGCAGCAGAAGCAGCAGCAGUAGCCUCCCCUAGGAAACAGCUGCUAUUUAAAAGGCAACACAAGCAGCAGAAACAGCAGCAGCAGCUGCAGCAAGAGCCGCAGCAGCAUCUGCAGAAGCAAGGCCUGCUGCCUAGAAAAGAAGUGCAGGCAAUUGAAGCUUCCGAGCCCCAAUUAGAUAUGCUGCAGCAGCCGCAGCAGCAGCAGCAGCAGCUACAGCAGCCACAAGAGCAGCAGCAACAACAGCCGCUACAGCAGUCACAAGAGCAGCAUAAACAGCGGUACCUGAAGGACCGCCAGCAACAAAAGCAGCUACAGCAAGAGCAGGAGCUGCAAGAGCAGAAGCAGCAGCAACAGCAGCCAGGACAACAGCAGCACGAGCAGCAGCAGCAGCAGCAGCAGCAGCAGGAGCAGCAGAAGCAAGAGCAGCAGCGAAACCAAUCACAUCAUCAUCGAAGGCUACAUCCGAUGGCGAGAAGCCGAAACCCCACAAAUAUAGGAUCGUUCGUUGCAGUAAAAGACAGCAGCAGCAGCAGCAGCAAGGACAACAGCAGCAGCAGCAGCAGCAGCAAGGACAACAGCAACAGCAGCACCAGCACCAGCAAGAAACGCCGCAGGACCAGAGGCCCGAGGAGCCCUCUGCUGCAGCAGCAGUGGCCGGACGAGCAGCAGCAGCAGGAGCAGCAACAACAACAGCAGCAGCAACAGCAGCUGCAGCAACAGCAGCUGCAGCAACAACAGCAGCAACAGCAGCAGCAGCAGCAGCAGCAGAGGGGCGACAGGUGGCGAAACACCGUCAUCUUCCACCGCCCCUUCGGGCACACUCAGCAGCAACAACAGCAGCAGCAACAGCAGCAGCAACAGCAGCAGCAGCAGAGGGGCAAUAGGUGGGGAAACACCGUCAUCUUCCACCGCCCUUUCGGGCACACUCAGCAGCAACAGCAGGAGCAGCAACAGCAGGAGCAGCAUCAAGAACAGCAACAGCAGCAGCAGCAGCAGCAGCACCAUAUGCAUCUACCGCUGCUGCGGCGGCAGAGGCCUCACCGACUGUUUGCUGCGCACCCUCAGCAGCAGAAGCUGCAGCAGCAAAUGCAAGAAGAGGCGGCGGCUGCUCUUGAAACUUGGGGGCUUCCUUUGCAUGAGGAGACUCCUCAGCAGCAGGCAGUCGAGCAGCAGCAGCAGCAGCAGCAAAGGCAGCAGCAGCAGCAGCAGCACGUACGAGCAACAGGAGACCAGCAGCAGCUGCUGCAAUCCCCUCGUCUCUCUUUGCUUGAGCGGCAGACCACCCUGAUGCAGAGACACCGUGAAGAGCAAGAGAAUCGCCGACAGCAGCAGCAGCAGCAGCAAAUGAAGUACCGCAAGAACUCAAGUAGCCAGCAGCGGCUGCUGGCUGUUGCGCCUCAGGCUGCUCGCCGCAGCUCAGAGGACCUUCGGGUUUCGCUGCCUCGCCGUCAGGUGCUGCAGCAGCAGAAGCAGCUGCUGCAGCAGCAAGAGCAACUGCUGCAGCAGCAAGAGCAGCUGCUGCAGCAGCAGGAACAGGACCAGCAGCAAAUGCUACAGCAGCGGCAGGCAACGCAACCCCUGGAGCAGCAACGUGUGCUGCAGCAGACUGCACAGAGGCAACCAACAGAGUCGCAACAACUGCUGCUGCAUAAGGAGGAAGAGCAGCGGCCACAAGAGCAGCAGCAACAGCAGCAGCAGCAGCAGCAGCAGCAGCAGCAGCAAGAGCAGCAGCAGCAGCAGCAAGAGCAGCAGCAGCAGCAGCAAGAGCAGCAGCAGCCAAGGCCCUGGCCUUGCGAACCUGCAGCAGGGGGGCAGCGAGGGCUUCAGAGCGCCGCUUCUUCUCCCCGACUGUCUCUUGUUGAGAGACAGUCGCUGCUAAUUGUACACCAAAAGCAGCAGCAACUGCGGCAGCAGCUGCAUCAGCUGCAGCAGCAGCAGCAGCUGCUGCAGCAGCAGCAGAAACAAAUGCGCAAAGCCCAUUCCAGCCGCCAACUCAUCAAACAGGGGGGCCCCCCGCUGUCGCGUGUUUCCUCUGCCGCCUCCCCCUUGCUGCCGCGGCAGCAGCAACAGCAGCAGCAGCAGCAGCAGCAACUGAGAACAUACAACAGCCUGCUACCGCAGCAGCCGCAGCGACAGCAGCAACAGCAGCAGCAGCAGCAGCAGCAACAGCAACAGCAGCCUCGAAGGGCUUUAACAUAUCCAGGGUCACCCUCCGCUGACAGACUGUCCCUUGUAGAGAGACAAGUUUCGCUGCUGCAGCGGCAAAGAGAAGAGAGGCUGCAGCAGCAGCAGCGCAAGCGCGAGCAAGAGCAGCAGCAGCGGCAGCAGCAGCAGCAGCAGCAACAGCAGCAGCUACUGCAGCAGUACUCGCUGCGCAAGCCCACCAACUCCUACUUGGCCUUGGCUAGGGCCUCAGCAGCAACCAUCAAACGAGCAAGGGAAGCAGGUGCUGCAGCACUAAGAGCAGCAGAAGCAGCAGCAGCAAGCCGCUUAGCUUCCCAGCAGCAGGCGCAGCAGCAGCUAUUGUCGAGGCAAGGGACAGCUGCUGCAGCGCCGCUGCAGCACGGAACACCUCAAGAGCCCCUAAGCAGCAGCAGCGGCUGCAACAGCAGCAGCACUGGUUCAGCAGCAGCAACUGCUGCUGCAACGCAACAACCUGCUGCAGCUGCUGCUGCAGCAGAUGGUGUGUCCCACGCUGCUGCGCAAGGCAGUGGCUGUACAGUAGACGAGUCUGAAAAGGCCCCAGCAGCAGCAACACCAGCAGCAGCAGUAACGGAAGUAGCAGCAGCAGCACCAGGAGCAGCAACAACAACAACAAAAGCAGCAGCAGCAGCAGGGCUUGAAAACCGCACUCCGCUGCUGAGCGCAAGGUCUACCCCACAAGAAUGUGACAGCCUCUUUACACCGCGAGGAGACAGUCCCCUAUGUUUCCAUUUGCUGCAGCAGCAGCAGCAGCAGCAGCUAGCAGCGGGGGCACGGGAGCAGCAGCAGCUGGGUGCUGCAGCAGCACAGCCUGCUGCAACGAACGCCCCCGCCUGCAACCUUGAGGACUUCUUCGGAGCAGCAGCAAAUGCUGCUACCAUGUCAGCCACUGUUGCUGCAGCAGCAGCAGCAGCUGUGGCUGCCGCUUCGCCUAACAGCGCACAGCAGCAAGAAGCGGCUGCAGCAGCAGCGGCAGCAGCAGCAGCAGCAACGCCCUUCGGCAAGGCUGUUUCCCCUGGUGCAGCACAGCUGCAGCCGGGCACUGAAGCUGUGGGGCUCCUCAGUUCUUGUGACACUUCAGCAGCAGCAGCAGCAGCAGCAGCAGCAGCAGCUGCAGCAGCAGCCGGGCUGCUGCAGCCGAGCGUGCUUAGAUCCAGCAGCCCUCAAACCCCACAGGGGAGAGAGCAGCAGAAGCUCCUCGACGCCAGCAGCAGCAGCAGCAACAGCAAAAACAGCAGCAGUAGCAACAGCAAGAACAGCAGGCCCGCCCCUGAGGGUUUUGCUGCCUCCCGUGUCCCGACGCCCGCAGCGUCCGCAGCCGCAGCAGCAGCAGGAGCAGCGGCAGGUGCAGCAGCAGGUGCAGCAGCAGGUGCAGCAGCAGCAGCAGCAGCAGCAGCAAACGUAGAGGCGAGUGAGGCAGUGACCUUGGAGCUCGAAGACUCCACUGGUGCUGUCCAAGCUGUAAGUGUGGGGCCCGGGGAAUCUGCUGCUGCAGCACUGCAUGCAUUUUGCAUGCAGCAAGGCAUUCCUGCUGAAGGGGAACAGCAGCUGCAGCGAGCCCUUGCAGCUGAGCAGCAGCGGCUGCAGCAGCAGCAACAGCAGCAGCUGCAACAACAGCAGCAGCAGCAGCAGCAGCAGCAGCAGCAGCAGCAGCAGCAGCUGCAGCCGCAGCAACUGCAGCAGCAGUGCAGCAAAGGCAGCAACCCCCGCCGUCCACACAUAAACAAAUUGCAGAAGCAAUUGCAACAAGAACUGCAGCAGCAGCAACAGCAGCAGCAGCAAAUAGCUCCUGCUGCUGCUCGACUCGAGGAGACAGAGGUAGAGACAAAAAAUACACCGCGGGAGGCCUCACUCCCUGCCUCUUUAUUUGAAGAGAAUGAGGUCGUGCUGCUGGGGCAGCCGCAGCAGAAGCAGCAGCAGCAGCAGAUGCUGCUGCUGGUGCCGCAGGAGACGCAGCAGCAAAAAGGUUUGCUGCAGGUACCCCAACGACUACCACAGCAGUUGCAGCCGAUGCCGCGCAGCCGCCGACCCCAGCGGAUUCUGCUGCAGCAGCAGCAACAACAAGCUUUGCUGCAGCAGCAGCAGCAGCUGCUGCAACAGGUGCAGCAGCAGCUGCAGCAGGUGCAGCAGCAGCUGCACACUCCCACCCAAAUUCUGGGCAGCAAACUGCAGCAAACGCCUUCCGCUUACCAUGACCCGCUGCUGCUGCUGGUGCACACUUCUCCACAGCAGCAGCAGCAGCAGCAGUCACCUCAGCAGUCGCCUCAACAGCGACAGCAGCAGAUGCUGCAACACUCAGCUCAGCAGUCACCGCAGCAGCAGCUGCAGCAGCACCCGCAGCAGCAGCCGCAGCAACAAUCACCUCAGCAACUGUUGCAGCAACCACUACAGCAGCAACUGGAGCAGCAGCUGCAGCAGGUACAGCAGCAGGCACCUCAGCAGCUGCUGCAGCAGACGCCUCAGCAAUUGCUGCAGCAACAGCAGCAGCAGCAGGCACCUCAGCAGCUGCUGCAGCAGACGCCUCAGCAAUUGUUGCAGCAACAGCAGCAGCAGCAGUCACCUCAGCAGCUGUUGCAGCAGACGCCUCAGCAAUUGCUGCAGCAGCAGCAGCAGCAGCAAUCACCUCAGCAGCUGCUGCAGCAAGAGCCUUGGUACACCCCUGCGCAGGAGACAAACGGUGCAGCUUCGCAGCAGAGACAACUCAGCGCAAGAGAUAGCAGCUGUGCAGCAACGCCCCAGCUGCUCUUGCAGCAGCAGGAGCUGCAGCAGCAGCUGCUGCAGCAGCCGCAGGUGCUGCAGCAAGAGGCAGCGUCUGUCUCCCCACCCUUCCUAUUACCGAGCUGUCGCGGGCACUCGACGUGGCAGCAGCAACAGCAGCAGCUGCUGCUGCUGAGACAGCAACAAAUACAGCAGCAGCAGCAUCAGCUGCUGUCACCACUGCAGCAGCAACUGCUGCAGGAGCAACAUCAGCAGGUACAGCAACAGCAGAUACAACAACAGCAACAGCAGCUGCAGCAGCAACAGCAGCUGCAGCAGCGACAGCAGCUGCAGCAGGAGCUCUCGUGCGGCAGUUGCCUUGCUGUAAAUAGCCCUCUGCAGCACUCCUGCCCCAGCAGCAGCAGCAGCAGCCCCCUCUACUACUCUCCUCGUUCGGCGGGUGGAUAUGGGCUGUCUCCUGAGCUGCAGCAGCAGCAGCAGCAGCUCCUGCUGCUCGAGCAGCAACAAGCACUUGCUCUGUUGCAGCAGCAGCAGCAGCAGCAAGGGCGUCAGUGCUCAAGUGACCGCAAAGACCGCCCCUACGGGAGGCGGGGGAGAAGCAGAAGGCAGCAGCAGCAGCAACAGCAGCAGGAACAGCUGCUGCUGCUGCUGCAGCGGCAGCAGCGACGUUCCGAGAGCAUGGCACGGAAGCAGCAGCGGCUGCUAGAGCAGCAGCAGCAGCAACGAGCAGCAGGGCUGCAGCAGCAGGUGCAGCAACUGCACCGCCAAGUGCGGCGGCUGCUGCGGCAGCACCAGGGGGAGCAGCAGCUGCUGCUGCAGCAGCUGCAGGGAGGGAGGGAACAGGAGCAGCAGCUAGAGGGGCUCCAGCUGCAGCAGCAACUCCUGCUGCAGCAGCUGCUGCAGCAGGACGCCAACGUACUGAGGGCAUUGGAUAUGCUGCAGGAGCUGCAGACGACAGCAGCAGCAGCAGCAGCAGCAGACAGCCCAAUCACAAAGCAGCAAGACCAAUUAUUGACACCCCGGAGUCAGCAGCAGCAGAUGCAGCAAAGGAAGCAGUUGCAGCAGCAGCUGCUGCUGCAGCAGCAAAUGCUUGAGCAGCGAACCGCCCAGCUGUGGCAAGAACAGCUGCUGCUGCAGCAGCGUAGGGAAGACUACCAACGUGAGUUGCUGCAGCUGCAGCUCGAAAUGCAGCAGCAGCAGCAGCAGCAGCAAGAGCCAUCGGGGCUGCAGCAGACUGUCAAGAGAGUGCUGCAGCGCUUUGGGGUGACCUCUGCCCCAGACAAUACAGCAGCAGCAGCAGCAACAACAGCAGCAGCAACAAAAGCAACAGCAGCACAGGCGCAAGCGUUGCAAGCGAGAGCCCUUCACUGGAAGGGGCUCGUAGAGCAGCAGCGGCGGUGUCAGCUGUUGGGGCAGCAGCAGCAGCAAGAGCUGCUACGGCAGCAGCAGCAGCAGCUGCUGCUGCACUUAGCCGAUGUGCUCUCCGCCACAGCAGGUAAGAACCUGCAGCAGAUACACCAGGCAGCACGCCGCAGCAGCAGGAACUACAGACUGCAUAGGAUUGCCUCAAGCUCUCAGAGCAGCAGCACGACUCCCAGCAGCAGCUGCAGCAGCUGCUACAGCAGCAGCAGCGAACUGCAGGAAGCACCACUCACACCCAAAACACCUUUAACCGGCAUCGUUUCCGCAUCAGCAGACCCGCAGCAGCAGCAGCAGCAGCCGCAGCAGCAGCAGCAGCAGCAGCAGCGCGAGGCCCAGCAGCAGCGGGGCCUUCGCACAUCGGCAGCGGACUCAGCAGCAGCAGCGACAGCAGCAACACCGGAGAAGCAGCAGCAGCAACGGAGGCCGCAACAGCAACAAGGCCCUGCCCGCAGGCGCCCUCGCUCAAGCAGAACGAGAGCAGCAAUGUCAGCAGCAGAAGCCGAUGCAGCAGCAGCAGCAGCACAAGCAACAGCAGCAGCAGUUGCUCCUUUGCUGCAGUUGGAUCAGCAGCAGGAGCAGCAAGCUGGGGGGAUAGGACUAGGCCAGAAACUGCAACAGCCUCUGCUGCUGCUGCGGCAGCUGCAGCAGCUGCGUCAGCAGCAACAGCAGCAGCAGCAACAGCAGCAGCAGCAACCACCGGAAUCCGCUGAAGAUGGUGGCCAAGCGGGAGCAGCAGCAGCAGCAGUAGCAACAGCAGCAGCAGCACAUCCAGAUGUGCUACGACAGCUGCAGGAACUGCAGCAAGAGCAGCAGCUCCAACAACAGCAGCAAAUGCAGCAGCAGAAGCAGCUGCUGCAGCAAGUGCUACAGCCGAAGGGAGAUGACUUAGAUAAACAGAUUCUGCUUCAGCAGCGUAUUCUCAGGGCGCAGCAGCAGCAGCUGCUGCAGCUGCGGGCCCACAACCUCAACAACACGUCAGAAGAAGGUUGGCAGCAGCAGGAUCCUCUGCUGCUCCAGCUGCUGCAACAACAGCAACCGCAGCAGCAGCAGCAACAGCAGCAGCAGCAACAGCAGCAGCAGCAGCAGCAGCGGCUGAUGCCGACCCCGCAGCAGCUUGCCUUGCAGUGCAGCAGCCUGCAGCAGCAAGUGCUGCUGCUCCAACAGGCCCUCCAGAGCAGCAGCAGGGAGACCUUGGCUGGGCUUAAAGGAACGUUGCAGCAGCAGCAGCAGCAGCUGCAGGUGCUUCUGCUGCAGCGACUGCAGCAGCUGCAAGAGCAGCAGCAGCAGCGACAGCAGCAGCUGGGGUUUACUGGGGGUGAGGCGAAUGAGUGUGUUGCUGCUCCGCUGCAGCAGCAAAACACUUGGGGUGUACUUACAGCACAACAGCCUGAGCCUUGGGGGUUGGCUGCUGACCAGCAGCAGCAACUGCAGCAGCAGCUGCAGCAGCAGCAGCAACUGCAGCAGCAGCUGCAGCAGCAGCAGCAACUGCAGCAGCAGUUGCAGCAGCAGCUGCAGCAGCAGCUGCAGCAACAAAAGAAGCGAGAGCGGCGAGCUGCAGUUCGGGGCCCCGUGCUGCAGCUACCUGCUGCUGAUGUGCGCAGAGGGAUAGGGAGGAAGCAGCGCAAGCAUCAGACAGGAGACAACUGGGAUGCAGCAGCAGCAGCAGUUGCUGCUGCAGCAGAGGCAGCAGCAGAGGCAGCAGCAGCAGCAGCAGCAGUCACCACUGUUGAGGCGGCCCCGGGGAAGCGCAGAAGAAUUCCUUCAGCCAAGGCGCUGGCAGCAGCAGCAGAUGCUGCUGCUGUUGCUGCUGCAGCAACAGCAGCAGCAAGAGCUGUUGAUGUUUCGUACCGUCUGCAUCCCAAGUGGGAACGGCUGCAGCAGCAGCAGCAGCAUCUGCAGCAGCAGCAGCAGAUACAGCAGCAGCAGCAGCAGCAGCAGCUGAUGCUGCCGCAGCGCCAGAGACAGCAGCGGCAGCGACAAGCAGCUGCCCCACACUCGCUGGAGACGAUCCCAACAGCUCGCCAGGCGCAGCUUGCUGCUCUGCAGGAGGAGCGGCUGAGGCAGCAGCAGCAGCAACAGCAGCAGCUGCAGCAGCAGCAGUUGAAGCGUGCGCAAAUGAAGCGCGAAGUGCUCCGACAGAAGCUGCAACAGUCGGAAGAGGAGCAGCAGCUGCAGCAGCAGCAGCGGCAGCAGCAUGUCUAUGCACAUCCUUUGUGGCGCCGUCUGCAGCAGCUGCAGGAGCUGCCUGCGUUGCGGGUUAUGCUUCCGACAGCAGCAGCAGAUCAGCAGCAGCAGCAGCAGCAGCAGCUCUUCAUUAGUGCUGCAGCAGCAUUAGGGAGAGCUGAUUGUCUCCUCGAUACCCUUGCUGAAGCUUAUCACAAGUCGCUGCGGCUGCUGGCGCAGCACGGGGUGCUGCUGCUGUGCGAAGCAGGCAGCAGCAGCAGGAAAACUGCUGCUGCUGCUGCUGCUGCUGCCAGCAACAACAGCAACAUUUACACCCGACAUGUGCCUGCAGCCUGCAGCGCUAUACGUACCGAAGAAAACGCAGGAGACCUCUGCGCAGCAGCUGCAGCAGCAGCAGCACCACCAGAAGCACCAGCAGCAGCAGCAGCAGCAGGGGCAUACAAUCGUAGCGAAGGCGCAGCUAGAGGGACAAGACAGUCAGACGGUUUGCUGCUGCAGCACGGGCUGCUUCUCCUCGCAGCAGACAGACAGGUGGAUACGCCAGAGCAGCUGCUGCAACAGCCCCUAGACAGCGAAGUUUUGCAGUUUCCUUGUGGGGCGCACUUGCAGCUGCUGCCUUACUGCAGCAGCGGCGACAGUGAGAGUUGCCGCAGCGGCAGCAGCACGUCGGAGAACAGCAGCAGCAGCAGCAGCAGCAUCAGUAGCAGCGAUGAAUGGAUAGGUGUUAUAUCACUUACGUGGUGCUCUGAAGGGGCUGUACGGGAGUUGCUGCAGGCAGUCUUGUGUGCAUCUGCUUGCAUGCUGCUUGCUGCCAGCAGCAGCAGCAGCAGCAGCGGCUGCUGCGGCCCAGAGCACCCGCAAGGGGUGUACUGCUGCGUAGGAGACACAGCGCAGCAGCAGCAGCAGCAGCAGCAGCAACUCAUUUCUGCGGUGCUUAGGUCCCUGGGGGCGGUGCCGUGUAGCGCCCCUCCUGUUGCAGCAGCAAGCUGGCGAAGCGACAGCAGCAGCAGCAAAUGGUUGUACUUAGAAGGAGGUGUUUUAGCUGACAGGCAGCGGCUGCUGCAGCAGCAGCUGCAUGUCUCGCCAGGGAUAGUACACAAGACAUUAAACACCUGCUGCCUCCUCAGAGAUGGAGUUCAAGUGUAUAGGAACGUGGUACCGCAGCAGGAGAUUGCUGCAGUUUGGCGGCUGGUGCAUGCACACUUCGGGCUGCUGAUGGAGCGCGUGCUGCAGCAGCAGCAGCACCAGCAUUGGCCUUAUCAGCAAUCUUCAAUAUUCAAAUAUGACGGCAUUGCUUGCCGCAACUCCCCCUUGCGAGUGGAUGUUAAUGUCUCUGAGCCUCACCUUGAGUACGGCCAAGGACUUCUUCGAGAGACGCAUGCGCUGCUGCGCAGCAAACUGCGUUUGCUGCUGCAGCGGGCUGCUGCAGCAAUGGCGGUAGGCUUCAGCUCCUGGGAGAAGGUCGUUGUAAGGAGGCAGCAGCAGCAGCAGCAGCAGCAGUUGCUGCUUGAUAGAGAGAAACGAGAACUCCAGAGAAAUAGUGGGGGCAGCACAACGGCCAGCAACGCAACAGAGCUCGACGAGGAUGACACACCCACCGCAGCAGCAGCAGCAGCAGCAGCAGCAAAAGGAGAAGACACAGCUAGCGGCAGAAGCAGCCCAGAGAAGGCGGGCCUGUGGGGUUUGGGAUCGGACGAUCCCACCUGCUGCUUUGUCAAGUCCGAGGGUGCUGCUGCGGAGUCUUCAGCCGCAGCAGGGCCUGAUGCUGCUGCUGCUCCAGCAGCAGCAGCAGCAGCAGCAGAAAUGCAUGUAGAGCCUGCCUGGCAGCAGGUGACAUGCGGCUAUUUGAUGUCUAUGGGGCCCCACGACAACAACCAGAAGGUGCAUUACGACUACCAUGAAGAGGCACACAAGUAA